AUGUGCCGCCCUCCCGGCCGCCGUAGCGCCGGCGGUCACGUGCCGCUGUCAUGGGACCGGCGGGCCGCUCCCCGGAAGCGGCAGCAGGAGGCCGGGCCGCUCAGCCCCGGCGGCGGCGGGUUCCCCCCUCCCCGCUCCCGGACGGACAGCCCUUCGCUAGGCCCGGCCCGGCCGCCGGGAGCCCGCCGCCGACCGAUGGCCCGUCCCGCCGUGCCGGAGCCGGGCUCGGCGCCAUGGUGGAAUUACUUUUUCUUUUACGAUGGUUCAAAGGUUAAGGAAGAAGGAGAUCCUACAAGUGCCGGGAUUUGCUAUUUUUAUCCUUCUCAGACUCUCCCUGACCAGCAGGAACUGCUGUGCGGACAGAUCGCCGGAGUGGUGCGCUGCAUGACAGAGAUUUCUGGAGUUCCUCCAAGUCUCAUUCGCCUGAGGAAGCUCAAGUUUGCAGUUGUAGUGGACGGAAACUAUCUGUGGGUUCUGGGCUGUGCUGUUGAGCUCCCUGAUGUCAGCUGUAGACGGUUUCUGGAGCAGCUGAUCAGCCUCUUCACCUUCUACAAUGGACCUGUGCACCGUGCGUACAUGGCAUUUUCUCAGGAGGAACUGAGCAGGCAGUGGGACAGAUAUAUUGAACACAUCCAAAAAAACACCAGCGACCUCCACAAGAUUUUCAAUUCUCUCUGGAAUCUGGACAAAACCAAGGUGGACCCCCUGCUGUUACUGAAAGCAGCUCUCAUCUUGCAAACUUGCCAGCGGUCUCCCCACGUCUUGGCAGGCUGCAUUCUCUACAGAGGCUUGAUUGUGAGCACUCAGCUGCCGCCUCCUCUCACUGCCAAAGUUCUCCUCCAAGGCGAUGAGUCUCCAGGCCAGAGCAAGCCUGGAGGUGAGGAGCAGCGGGAGCCUGAUUCUCCAUUGCCGCAGGGUGUCCGUAUCAUCCCGGUGUUCCUCACAGAAGAUGAAGUCUCAAUGCUCCGAGACUUUCCAGUGGAGUGGAUGAUGAGGUCAUCCGUGUCCCCAGCAAGCCCUAGAGGAGAGAAGAAUGCUCUCUGGUCCCAGGCAGUUUCAGAAUCAACAGGAGUCCAUGAAAACCAAGACCUGAAUAAUAUCUCUGUGCAGGAGUCCCCUGAGCAAGCUUCAGGCACAGCGGCACCAGAAGAUGCUGUGCCGUCAGGCCCUUUGAAGGACUUCCCCAACAUGGAAGCCAGUACAAAGAAUUCUCCAACUGCAAAACUGAGCAGCCCGGACAGCAAAAGUUCAGAGCUCAGUAGAAAGGCAUCCUUCCCGUCAGAAAGAGACACAGAGCAGCUGCCAAGCCCCUCCACAGUCCACACUGCUGAAUACGGUCAACCUACAGGUCCGUACCUGGAAGGCUUUUCCUUUCCAAACCCUUAUGCCCAGGAGCAGGAGAGUCAGAGCAUGGGGAAAUCCCUUGUGGACUCUGAUGUUGAGCAACGCAGUUUCCAAAGUCCUGCAGCCACUGGCAGUCCAGCCAUUCGCUCUCCUGCCCAAGAGCUGAGCAGAAGGAAAUCGAGUGAACAAGACGAGCAGGGGACUGCGAGCCUAAACAGCGUCUCUGGAGAAAGCAGCGGUGCGGCUGGUGGCACUGUGUGGGGCUUGCAUUGCCCAGCGGCGGCUGUACAGUCAGGGCUCCCGAGCAGGAGUCGGCUGCCGGCUGCGGGGGUUCAGGAGAGCCUGCCUGGUGACCCAGCAGAGAACACGCGCUGUCCCAGCAGCGGGGAGAGGGGACACGGUCUGGGAGCCCAGGCUGGUGCGGAGUCAGGCACGCGGUGCAAACCAGUUAAGAUGAGCUUGUAUGUCCACUGCAUUAAGGGGCUUGUGCUCUCCCUCCUGGCUGAAGAUCAGCUCCGAGAGGACCGGAGCUCCGUUGAAGAUGUGUACCACAGCAGUCUGGCUUCUCUGAACGGCCUUGAGGUUCAUCUGAGGGAGACGCUGCCCAAAGACUCCUCGUCCUCAGCCAAGGCAAGCUACAGCUUCACUCACUAUGACUGUGUUCAGAACGUACUCACGGCCAACCUGCCGCACACACCUGGCCCUCUGGAUCGGCACUUCCUGAGAGCUGCUACGCUGAUCCACUCCGACUUCAACCAGCUUCCGACUGCUUCAGAAAUUAUAAUUAGGAACGCCUCCACAGCCGUGUACGCCUGCCGGAACCCCGUCCAGGAAACCUACUUCCAGCAGCUGGGUGCUCCGUCCCGCAACUCGGGUGUUCCCAACCCUCACGACAGUGCGUUCAGCUUGCCGAGCAAGGCCAAGCAAAAGCUGCUGAAGCACGGAGUGAACCUGCUUUGAACUGAUGCGCUGAGGCAACGUGUUGCAGUUCAUCUCCAAUAAGUAAAAUCUCAAAGCCAUUUUCUGCACAGGAGGCAGGAGGCUCUGUGCUACGUCUGCGGGGUCUGCAGCCUGCCUUGCCCUGAGGAAGGGGCGCGCUUGCUGCCCUGUUCCUGCAGCACCUUUUGUGCCAGUGCAGGGGAUUGCUGAUGUUAGCACUUGCCAAAGACUGAAGGUAGAAAAUAGCGGUGUGGGGGUGCUUGGUUUACAUUGACUGUAGGACUGUGUGUGGUGCUGCUGAGCAGGCAGAGACCCCUGGAGUGCCUUGACCUAAAGUAAAACCUCCUCUUGCUCUAAGCUACACAGACUCUGGGCUAUGGGGCAGUACUGGCUUUCAGAGAUGUCAGUCAGACACUGCAUCUGCCCGGAGUUCUGUGCCUACACUCGCCCUGGUCAGACUUGGGCUUUAUUUAUAUCUCUUAAUCUAUAGGAAUGAUCCCCUGCCACGACGUAAUGCCUUACCUUGACUAACAGAGCCGGCAUGUUCUCCGACUAACUGGAACAGAACAAGUGCUGCAAAACUCAUAACCCUCCUACAGGCGCUGUCAGGAGGUUUUUAUAUGCAGCUGACUGUGGGAGCUCCUUGUCCCCGCACGUGUGCCUGAUUGGGGAUCGUGCAGCACAGCGUUGCUUCCCUGCUGCCCCCAACGCAGUUGUAGCUCGCCAACCUCUCACAGGGGCCGUGGUGAUGAUGGUGGUACCAAUGCAGUACGCUUCCUGCCUGCUCCUCGGCCUUCUGCUUCCUCCCCUCCCUCCUCUGGAGGACCUUGUUUCACCUCCUUGCUCCUGCUGCUCUGUUUGUCUACGCUCUGUUGACAUAAAAGGCAUGUGGGAGCCCCUUGAGCUAAUGGGACCAAAGAGGCUUUGCAGCUCCUCGGCAGAUGUUCUCUUUCUGCUCAGACAGACGGUGUGUCCCCUCUCAGCAGCUGCUGGGGGGAGGACGGGUGGUGACGGCUGCUUGGACCCGACUGAUGGAUACCUGUAUCUGUGCUCUGUUUCAAAACCUGCUGCUGUUACACGCACAUCACUGACUGUGAAAAUAAAGGAGUCUCCGAGGCUCAGCCAAGCGCUACGUGUCAGUGGCCAGAGUCCA